AUGAGUAGUAAAAUCGACAAGGAAGACCAAUCUCGUCCUUCGUCAUUAGUGUCGUUUCACGAUACCGAAAAAAUUAUGGAUGUAGAGGAUUCAAAGAGCUUUAUUUCGUUAAAACAAGGAAUAAAUGAUGGUGGUGUUGGUGGUGUUGGCGGCGGGGAGAUGAAGAGAAAUUUUUCGAAUCUAAGUCUUGCAAUGAUUGGGUUCUCUCUAACCAAUAGUUGGUUGGGUAUAUCGUCAAGUUUAGUCACUGGUAUUCAGUCUGGAGGUCCAAUUUUGAUUGUCUAUGGUAUAUUGAUUGUUGCCUCGGUAUCUGUUUGUAUUGCAGUGACCUUGGGAGAAAUGGCAAGUGCCAUGCCCUCUGCUGGUGGACAAUAUGUGUGGGCUCGUGUAUUGGCGCCAAAAAAGUAUUCUAGCUUUUGGGCUUAUAUAACAGGAAGCAUAUCAUGGGGUGGUUCCAUAUUCACUACAGCAUCAAUGUGUUUGGCACUAGCAUUGGAAUUAUUGGGUUUCUGGAACUUGUCCCAUCCACAACAUGAGACUCAGAAAUGGCAAAUCUUUAUCAUUUACAACAUUGUUAAUUGGUUUCUUUUCCUAUUCAAUAUCUGGCACAAGUACCUCCCUAUUGUAGGAAACAGCAUAUUCGGUAUUAGUUUGACUUCAUAUACUAUUAUUUUAAUCACCGUGUUGGUAUGUUCUAGGGGCAAUUACCAAAAUGCUUCUUUUGUGUUUGUUGAGUUUACAAAUGGAACAGGCUGGCCUUCUAAGGGAAUUGCAUUUAUUGUGGGCCUCAUUAACCCUGCAUGGUCCUUUUCGUGUCUCGAUAGUGUUACCCAUUUGAGUGAGGAAACUUCGCAACCAGAAAGGGAUAUCCCCAAGGCCGUCUUAUCUACAGUAGCAAUUGGGUUCGUCACCGCAUUCACCUACUCCAUUGCUAUGUUUUUUUGUAUAAACAAUCUUGAUGGAAUAGUCAACUCCAGCACAGGUAUGCCUAUUCUCGACAUUUACUAUCAGGCAUUGAAGAAUAAAGCUGGUGCAAUUUGUUUGGGUUCAUUGGUCUUUCUCACUGCUUCAGGCUGUACAGUGGCAUGUCAAACUUGGCAAGCGAGAUUGUGUUGGAGUUUUGCUAGAGACAACGGAUUGCCUUUGUCCAAGUACUUGUCAAUAAUUGACCCUAAAACAGGUGGUCCAUUGUACGCUCAUUUAUUUUCAACAAUUAUGGUUACUAUCGUAUCGGUCUUGGUUUUUUCAGACGCAGCAUUACAGGCUACAGCAUUAGCAUGUGUUUCUUUCUUACUUAUUGCAUAUUCCAUACCAACAAUUUGCUUGUUAAUGAGAAAACGUCAAAUCCGCCCAGGUCCAUUUUGGCUUGGAAGAAUUGGUACAUUUUGCAACAUCAUCUUGUUGUGUUGGUGUUUGUUUGCAUUGGUGUUCUUUUCAUUCCCUGCAUACUACCCAGUUACUGCUGCAGGAAUGAACUAUUUCUGUGUUGUUUUGGUUGUUUACGUGAUCUGCAUGCUUACAUAUUGGUGGUUCCCUAUGAAGAAAUACCGUUGCAAGGACAAUUUCCGCGGUGGACAACUAAAUCAAGAAGAAGUUGAGUUCCCAAACGUAUGCAUCAAUGCUUGGUAA